UUUCCCAUUACGCAAAUUACGCCCAGGCGUAAGGCGGCAAUAUUGGAGAGGCGGCAAAAUUUCAAUUUUCAAAUCAAAAUUAGGCGUCUUCCUUCACCGACUUCUCACCACCUAUGUCACCACUCAACUCACGGUGAGUGACUCACCUCACCGUCAUGUUCCCCUUCCCACACGUAAGAAGCAAGUGCAAUAUUUGAAGUUGUCAAUAUGCAGUGAUCAUGAUCAGUGUCGUGAGUGAAUUGCAGCUGAAAGCGUAGGGGUUUGUAUGUAGUGAAUUAUAUUAUAUUGUGAACGGUGUGUAUCGUAAUUCGUAAUUCGCAUUCGUAUAUCUGUUUGCUUUUUACAGAUUAGUGUUAUUACUUUAUUAGUGGUAGCACAGUCUAAAUACAAUUAGACUGUGAUGGUAGAUAGUCGUAGUAAUCUGUGAUCACUGAUCAGUGCGUUUUACCGUUUAUUUAUAGUGUUGAGUUUGAGUCGAGUGUCACAAACAUUUUACAGUAUAACAAUUAACAAUACUAUGAGUGACGGCCGGAAACGGUUAAGUGGAGCGCAGUACAAAGCACUCGCUGAAGAAAAACGGAGAAAGAUUCAGGCCGUUUUAGACAAAACUCAAAAUUUGAAAAACUAUUUUUUAACUAAGCCUACAAAUUCCCAAGAGCAAACAGAUUGUUCAGAAUCGGAAGAUUUGGAGGUUGUUAGUGUUGUACCUAUACCUAUACCACCUGACAAUGCAGUCAAUGCAGAAGCGGUGGACACGGUCACAGAAGCAUCAUCAUCAUCGAACGUAGAAUCUGCAUGUCCAUCACCAUGUUUGCCAGCAAUUGUGAGCAACGACCCUGCCGAUUGGAACAUCAAUGAUGAUACUAUCAAUUAUUUAAUGUCAUUGCCCAAUGAAAUAUGCCAAAAUACAGAUGAGGAUUUUUCAUUAACCAAAAUUGUUAAUGGCGGAAAGUCACGAUGUCUCACUAAAAACGUUUUCCGCCGGAAACUUGCCAAUGGGGAAGAACAGCCUCGUAAAUAUUUGAUAUAUUCAUCUUCAAAGAAAUCCCUGUUUUGCAUCCCAUGUCGACUUUUCGGAGGAACAUCAAAAAUGGCAACUGAAGGCAUAAAUGAUUGGAGUAAUGUAAAUAAAAUUUUGAAUUUACAUGAAAACUCCAAAGAACAUGCCAAAUCUCAAGUAACUUUAUUAAGGCGUCGACAAAAACAAAACCAAAUUGAUUCACUGCUGUGUCAGCAAAUAAGUAUUGAAGAAGAUUACUGGCGAAACGUGUUGAAGCGCGUAGUUGCAGUGACUAAAAAAUUGGCUUCCAGGGGGCUACCGUUUAGAGGAACAGUUGAAAAAUUUGGUAAUACGAACAAUGGCAAUUUCAUGAUGUGUCUGGAGCUCAUAGCAGAAUUUGAUCCGUUUCUAGCCACACAUUUAUCUCAGCACGGAAAUCCUGGAAGUGGUAAAACGUCAUACCUAUCAUCUACAAUAUGUGAAGAGUUUAUUGACCUCAUGUCGACUGAGGUACUAAAUCAUAUUAUGACCGAAAUUAGAAUGUCAAAAUACUACUCAAUUAUAAUUGACUCCACACCCGACAUGGCUCACAUUGAUCAAUUAUCCGUAAUAAUCAGAUAUGUUACAAACAACGGAAAACCAGUGGAGCGUUUUAUUGGCUUUUUGCCAAAUGUGGGGCAUAAAUCUGAAGAUUUAGAAAAUGCUAUCAUGUCAAAAUUGGAGAAACACAACUUGGAAUUAAAACAUUGUCGAGGUCAAUCCUACGACAAUGCGAGUAACAUGUCGGGAUGUUACAGUGGUCUACAAGCAAGGAUUUUAAAUCACAACCCACUCGCUUAUUACCUACCAUGCGCCGCCCAUUCACUGAAUUUGGUUGGAGUCUGCGCUGCUGAAUGUACUAGAGAGGCUGUAAGGUUCUUUGAAACGAUUCAAAACCUAUAUACUUUUUUCUCGGCAUCUACUCGUCGUUGGGAAAUUCUACUUUCCAGUUUAAAACCUGGCGCUAAAGUUCCAAAACGCGUAGAUGGAACAAGGUGGUCUGCACGCCAUGAUGCUUUAAUGAGCUUAUGCGGAGGCUGGGGGGAUUAUUUAAAUGCUUUGACAACAAUUGAAGAAUCUAUUUCUGAAAAACCUACGGUCCGUGCGGAGGCGGCUGGGAUUAAACGUUGCUUAAACCGCUUUGAAUUUGCCUUCAUGUCGGUUUUUUGGGAAGCGAUAUUAGAGCGUUUCCACAGCACUAAUAAAAUUCUUCAGAGCGUCGAAAUCGACAAUGGUGACGUAACUAGACUCUUUUCGUCUUUGAUAAGUUUUGUAAAAGCUCUACGAAAUACUACCAUGUUUGAAACGUACCUUGAUAAAGCCAAAGAAAUUAUGGAUGAAAGCUACGACAAUGAUCGUCAAAGAACUCGGAGACGUAAACUUUUCCCAGAUGAAAAUAUGGAUGGCGACACAAUUCUGACAGGCAAGGAACAACUAAAAGUAGAAACAUAUUUUUCCAUACUGGAUAGGGUUAUGGUGGAACUGGAAAAAAGAUAUGAAGCAUAUGACAGUGUUUUCAAAAAAUUUAAGUUCUUUUUUACUCUAAAAGAAAGUUCUCAAGAACAGUUGAUUGAAAGUGCCAACUACCUGCAACAAUGUUAUAAGGACGAUCUGGAAGAUGUAUUUGCAACAGAAUGUUUGCAUUUCGCGGAACUUUUAAAAGAAACAGACACGAAACACGAAAAAUGUACCUUAUCAAAUAUGCUUUCAUACAUUCGAUCUCACAAUUUAGAAGCAGUUUUCCCCAAUGUUGAAAUUGCCUUACGUAUGUUUGUUACUAUGGCGGUCACAGUUUGUUCAGCGGAGCGUUCAUUUUCAACACUUAAACGUUUAAAAACAUACUUAAGAACAACAAUGCAACAAAACCGUUUAAAUGCAUUGACAAUUUUGACAAUAGAGUCUGAUAUAACAAUAAAGUUAGAUUUUGAUAGUCUUAUAAACUCAUUUGCGUCUAUAAAAUCCCGACGAAAAAUAAUAUAGUUGUGAUAAUAAAUAGGUAUACAAAAUUUUAUAAUCUAGUUUUAUUGCUCAUACUACCUUACCUACUAAACUGAAAGCGGCACUUUUUGGUUAGCGUAGGGCGGCAAAUUGGUAAAU